AUGUCCACCUAUGCUCUUCAACGAGUAUCUGAACUUCUGAAAGAUGAAUCUACAUUGGAGCGAGCCAGAGAGAUCAAAAGUCAGCUGCAGAAGGAAAAGUCCACCGUUGAAUAUCAACUGAACAAGCAAUCCAAAAAGAGCUUGAACAAUGUAAGUGACAACCUCAAAAAGGUACAGCUAGCGCGCAAGAAUGUCCACGAUCUGCGAGGUAAACUGGGUGAGAUUAAUCGUUUGAGUCAGGAAAACAAAGAUGCCAUCGAACGCUACGAAAUUGUCGAUGAGGCCACCACUAUCCAUGAACUUAUAAAACAGACGGACUCCAUGUACGACAAGAUCGUGGGAUUUAGCGACUUGCUGAGACAGAUCAACGAAUUGAUAGAUGAAGAAGUCUCACAGGAUGCAUUGGAAAGUGGGGUACCCAACCUGUUGCGAAUUCAUCAUUUACUCACGAUGGCCUUAGAUUUUCGGGAUCAGUCCACCAUUUUGGCGCAAACAUCAACAGAUGACGUCCAAAGGACAAUGCAACGUGUAUUCCAAGUUCUACCGGAGCUUGUCAGUCGCUUCGACCAGCUUUUGGUAUCAUUGAUUUACGACAUCGUGGAAGCGGUGAGAACCAACAAUCAAUCGCUCCUGAUACGACUUUUCAAGAUCAUCGAUCGGGAAGAUAGAGAAGACAUCAAGAUCAUUGCUACGAGGAAGAUCAUAGAAACAAAGGAACGAGAAACGGAGUCUCGAAGGAUAAAGAAACUACCAUCAUCUUAUGGCAAAUUGGGGGGCCUAGACGAAUCAACUAAGCAUGAAUACCCAUCUCCUACUGCUUUGACUCGAGAAAUCAAAAGCGGUAUGAUAAGUUCUAGGCUGUUACCUCGCGGUUACAAAGAAUUCAUGUUCGAAGCCAUAAAAAAGUCCAUCGUCGAAAUGUUUGUUGAAGUGAGGAAAGAAUACCAAGGGGAAAAACGGUUCGAGGUCCUUCAAAAUUUGGAUUGGGUAUUCAAUGAAUUGAUGGUAGUGAAAGAGCAUGUUACGACAUUGUGCCCACCGCAUUGGCACAUUUUUAAAAGGUACUUUGAUAUGUACUAUGCGGAGCUGAACGCGUUGGUGACAGAGUUGGUGAAUGCUGAACCUGAAACUCUGAUCAUUCUUGACAUUUUAGACUAUGACAAGACAUUUCAAGCUACUCUAAAGAAAGAUUUUGGGUUUGACAAAGACACCGUCCAGAGCGUAAUCGGAGAAACAGAGAAGGAAACAUUGCUGAGGGACUACUUACAGUUAAUUGUUAACAAAUCCGAAGAAUGGUUCAAAAAUCUGGGCGAAGCAGAAACUAAAGUCUUUGUGGAGAGAACAACCCCCCCUCAUAAUGAUUCCGAAGGACUUCUGUUUUUGGAUGGUACCAAAACGUGCUUUCAGAUGUUUUCUCAACAGGUGGAAGUGGCAGCGGGAUCGGGCCAAGCCAAAAUUUUGGUGGGUGUUGUUGAGAAGUUGUGUCAGCUUCUGGGUAAUAGGCAAAAGAGAUGGAUGGCUGUAGUCACGGCAGAAGUCAACAAAAGUCUCGAAUACAACCACAAGCUCGAAAAAUCCGAAGAUGGUAUUCCACCUGCAGAAGAAAGUGCUGGCGGUCUUGUCGAAUAUUUGGUUUCGUUAGCGAAUGACCAGAUGCGAGCAGCCGAUUAUGCGGUAGCUAUCUCUCAAAAAUACGGUGCGAUGGUAACGAAAGUGCACGAAAAGGCGAUAUCCAACCACAUUGAAUAUACUUUGGAUGGAUUUGCAGAAGUUGCAAAAUGCGGUAGCACAGGCCUCAUAAGAUUGAUUUUCGACGAUUUGCAAAAGCCAUAUUCUCAAAUACUGGGUAAGCAUUGGUAUACGGGAACACAGGCCCAGCAGAUUGCAGACACCAUCUACGAAUAUCUGAGUGACAUUCGGAGUCAAAUGAACCCCUUUGUCUACUCAACUUUGGUUGAAAGCGUCGUAGAAGAGACAAUAUUGAAAUUCGUAGAGUGUCUCAAAUACGAGCACUCUUUCAAGAACAAAAACAACAAGUUUCUGGAAUGCAUGAAACGCGAUUUUGAAGUCUUUUACAAACUAUUCGUUCAAUUCACGCCCGAGGAAGAAAAGGAGAUUAUAGACGACAAAUUCAAGUUGAUGGAGUUUUUCAUGGACUUUGCAUGUGGACCCUUGGAUGGAUUUGUCGAAGUGUGGACACAGAUCCUUGAAGUUUACUGGGACUGUCCGGUAUCGUUUUUGAGUGCCAUUCUGCGAUGCAGGAAAGAUGUGGAUUCCUCGACCCUCAAACAUACCACGGCGUCGGCCCAGCGCAUUGCGUCGAGUCCACAAAGAACGAACCAGCUGCGGUCCCAGGACUUGCAGGCGACUUUUAUCAGCCGUUUUGCCCAAUAG